AUGCCAUCAGGUGAGACUAUUCGAAUCCGCGGAGUGAAGUUCCGCGAUGGUUCAUUCUACAAAAUUCAGGGGAAAGCUGAUUCUGCGCUCGCGGAACAGUAUUGGGCGCCCUACACGGAAGGAAAACACUUGCCUUUUGAGAAGGCUGUGAUCGACAACAUCUACAUCAAGGAUAUACUUGGUUCUAGGUUUGCUAUCCGUCGAGUUGUGAUGUUGGAGCUGAGUCAGUAUCUUGAACGAUAUCUCUGGCCGAAUUACACUCCAGCCGUCAAUCCUAGUCAUGAGCACCUUAUGUCGAUCAUUGUGAUGGUCAACGAGAAAUUUCGAGAACGAGUUCCAGCUUGGGAUAUUUUCAAAGUGAAUACGGAAAAUGUCGAGUUCUUGUUUCAUCAAGUCCUUGAAGCCUGCCUGAAAAACCCACCUGAGGAGGGUUUGGGAGGCAGGCGUGCAAAUCACUUCAAAGAGCUUACAGCUAUGAUUUUAUUCUUGAAUCAUUGCUUCAAUAGCAUGGAAAACGAAAUUCUGCGCAUGCAGGUCCAGAAAUUGGUCACCUUGCCCAUGUGGACCUCACUGUACAAAGGACGGCGGGAGCUCGAAUUCAAACGAUUUCCGGAAUGGAAAACGGGUUGGAAAAAAAUUCAAAAACGAGAUUCCAAACGAUCAUCCGACGAUCUCAUCAAACUGAGUUUUGAACGAACUUUCCUUCGUAAAAUGAUCUCGCAUUUCGAAGAAGCGCUCUUCUCCGUGAAGGAAGAUUCCCCACUGCCAGAAGAAGAGCUCCAUUAUUGCGAACGAUUCAUGGAACUCCUAAUCGAUCUUGAAAAUUUGUUGCCAACAAGACGAUUUUUCAAUACUGUCCUGGAUGACUCGCAAAUCGUUAUCCGUUCCUCAAUGUCGAGCCUAGUACGAAAACCGGAAGGAAAACUUUUUCGGCAGCUCUUGGAUAUGUUGAGGUUUUAUCAGCGGUUUGAAAUCAAUGAUGCGACGGGUGAUCCAUUGACAGACCGGGAUAUGAUGAAGUUGCAUUAUGCUUCACUAGUUGCACUCCAGAGGGCAGUUUUCAUCAAGUACCCUGAAAUGAAGAAGUUUGCAUUGCUGAAUGUUGCUGCAAUAAACUCUCGUGAAUCCUUGGAACAUUUUUUUGAAACUUUGUCGCGUGAUAAGCUUCAUUCGCUAGCCAACUCUUUGGCAUUAAUACCUAUGGAUACGAUGCCGGAAGAUGAAGCCGAAGCAUUGUAUCCAAAGGAUUUUCUCGUGGAGAUGCUGGUUUCCCGUCACGAAAAACGACUUUCACAGUUGGAGAAACUGAAUGAAAUGCCGUUGUAUCCCACCGAGCAAGUGAUCUGGGACGAAAACAUAGUUCCGUCGGAGUAUUUUGCUGGCGACGGCGUCCUUGCGCUGCCGAAGUUGAACUUGCAGUUUUUGACUUUGCACGACUACUUGCUCAGGAAUUUUAAUUUGUUUCGCCUGGAAUCUACCUUCGAGAUCAGACAGGACAUUGAAAGCACAAUUCGUAGAAUGAAGCCAUGGCGAACGGAAGACGGAAAAGUAAUGUUCGGUGGGUGGGCACGAAUGGCGCAGCCAAUUUCGACCUUCUUAAUCGUGGAAGUCGCGAGUCCACAAAUAGGAGAGCGUCGGCCUGCUCGUGUUCGGGCGGAUGUGGCCGUUACUCUGGAUUUGCCUCAAAAUAUAAAGCAAGAAUGGCUGGGAUUACGGAAACAUGAUAUUUGUUUCCUAGUAACCGUUCGUCCUGGUGCUCCUCCAGGGACUUACUAUCGAUGGAAUGAGUCUUUCGUGCCGCAAGUGGGGUUGAUUUACGUUCGAGGUUGCGAGAUAGAGGGACUAAUCGAUGACCAGGGCAAAUUGAUUGACGACAAUUCCCCAGACGAGAAGCCAAUGCUUGCGGGUGACAAAGUUACAUACCGAGUUUGGCUGGAUUGCAAUCAGUAUCGUGAAGACAUGGAAGUCUCCAACAAUGGAGGCGAAGAUUGCUAUGAAACGUUCAACGUCAUUCUCCGGAGGCGACAGAAAGAAAAUAAUUUUAAGGCAGUUCUGGAAACUAUUCGAAGUUUGAUGAAUACAAAUUGUGUGGUGCCGAAUUGGCUGCAUGACAUCAUUCUCGGUUACGGUGAUCCGAGUGCGGCGCAUUGGACUAAGAUGCCUGAUCGUCUGAAAACGUUGGAUUUCAACGAUACAUUCUUGGAUGCCGAGCAUUUGAAAGAAAGUUUUCCCGGGUGUACCGUCGUCCCGCGAUUCCCGGACAGAGAAUCGAAGCCUCCUUUUAGACUUCACUUUCAAUAUUCGUCUGGCCCUCACGUGAAGGACACUGUUGGAACGGUAGAACUGCAGAAAGAGAUCAUCGAGUUUGAAUCACAUGUGAUUCCGAAUCGUGGACCGUACGCCUUUGUCCAACCGAAGCUGAAUUCGGUCCGCUUUACUCCGACUCAACUUGAGGCAAUCCGAUCUGGAAUGCAACCAGGUUUGACUAUGGUUGUUGGUCCUCCAGGCUCGGGUAAAACGGAUGUUGCUGUUCAAAUCAUCUCCAACAUCUAUCAUAACUUCCCGAAUCAGAGGACCCUGAUUGUGACGCAUUCUAAUCAAGCUUUGAAUCAACUGUUCGAAAAAAUCAUGGCCCUAGACGUUGAUGAACGACAUUUGCUACGUCUUGGUCACGGGGAAGAAGCACUGGACACUGAGAAGGACUUCUCGCGAUAUGGUCGUGUCAACUUCGUGUUGACCAAAAGGUUGCAACUUUUGGCGGAGGUUGCCCGCUUGCAGGAGACCUUGGGUGUAACUGGAGAAGCUGCUUAUACUUGCGAAACAGCCCGUUAUUUUUUUCUCAACCACGUCGUCUCGCGAUGGUCGAAGUUUGUUGACCUAAUGACAAAUUUGAAGAAUAAGGAAACGACGAAAAGCUGCGUUUGCGAGCAUUUUCCAUUCCACGAGUUCUUCAGCAACGCACCGCAACCGGUCUUCAAAGGCGCAGACUUCGACGAUGACUACAACAUCGCCGUUGGAUGUUUCAGGUACUUAGAACGGAUUUUCCAGCAAUUGGAGGAGUUCCGUCCUUUUGAAUUGCUUCGUUCUGGUGCGGAUCGAUCUCGCUAUUUGCUUGUUAAGGAGGCAAAAAUUAUUGCCAUGACGUGUACUCACGCGGCGCUGAAACGAAGUGACUUGGUUUCUUACGCGUUCACGUAUGACAAUAUUCUCAUGGAAGAAUCCGCUCAAAUUCUUGAAAUCGAAACUUUCAUACCCUUGUUGCUGCAAAAUCCGAUCGACGGCCACAAUCGUUUGAAACGCUGGAUUAUGAUCGGUGAUCAUCACCAAUUGCCACCGGUAAUCAAGAACAUGGCUUUCCAAAGGUACAGCAACAUGGAACAAAGCUUGUUCUCCAGAUUCGUUCGUCUUGGAGUUCCAACAGUCGACUUGGAUGCUCAGGGUCGAGCGCGUCCCAGCAUUUGCUCCUUGUACAAUUGGCGCUACAAAAAGCUGGACAAUCUGCCUCACGUGCACUCGUCACCUGAGUACUUGGUGGCGAAUGCGGGAUUCCGUUACGUGUUUCAGCUGAUCGAUGUUGGCGAUUUCAAUGGCACGGGGGAAUCUGAACCGAAUCCCUACUUCUAUCAGAAUCUUGGUGAAGCUGAAUACGUGGUAGCCGUCUAUAUGUACAUGCGGCUGUUGGGUUACCCUGCGGAGAAAAUCACUGUUCUAACAACCUACAAUGGACAGAAGCAUCUUCUUCGAGAUGUCAUCAAACGACGUUGCACGGACAAUCCUUUGUUUGGAAAUCCACAUAAGGUGACCACUGUUGACAAGUAUCAAGGUCAACAAAAUGACUACAUCUUGCUGUCGCUAGUUCGAACGAAAGCGGUUGGGCAUUUGAGAGAUGUUCGUCGCUUGGUGGUGGCCAUGUCCCGUGCUAGACUGGGAUUGUAUGUUUUUGCUCGGGCAUCUCUUUUCCGAAACUGUUUUGAACUGACGCCCGCCUUCAAUGUCUUGAGAACAAGGCCAUUGGAUUUACACUUGGCUCCGGAAGAGAAGUAUCCGUGUAAGCGUAAGCCAGACGAAGAACCAUAUGGUUCGUUCGUUGUGGUGAAGUCAAUGCCGGAAAUGGCGAAUUACGUGUACGAAUUGUAUUCGAAGUUCAUCUCGAGUCUGCCGAAACCCGAACUUACUCCGGUUGACAAAGCUCUGAAGGCCGAUGAAGCGUUGGCAGGGUCGGUCAUUACGAUAGCCUCGCAGCAUCCUGGGGCAGAUUCUGACGACGAAGAGGUGCCAGAAGAAAUUGCCGAUGCUACUAAAGUGACCGAAAAAACUAGCGAAACGACGCCGUCAUUGAACGAAAAACCUGAAGAAUCUGUUCCGGAACUUUCCACUGUUGUUGAGGUUGAAACGGGUGAUGUUGAAGAACCGAGUACUGAAACCGUUCCAACACAGGAAGACGAAGAAAUGAACCCUGCAGUUGAAGCCGCUAUGCCGGACGAGACAGAGCAAAUUGAAGAAGGGGAACUUGUGGAAAAGGAGGAUAAAACGAAAAAGAAGAAAGCUACAUCACCGCCUGCAGAAGAGGUGGAAGAAACUGGCAGACGAAGGUCGAAGAGACUAAGGAAAAGUUGAAAACUUCGACUGCGAACAUUUUUGGAGUUUGUUUGAUGUUUUACAGUUUUGGAAUGGCGCCGCAAGUCAUUAAAACGACUUGGUUGACAGUGUA